GAGUUGUUUGCGCGAUCGGUGUGAAUUAUUUUCAUAUUCUGUCAGGGAAAAGGCUUGAGUGAAGAAAUUAAAAAUUAUUUUUUUCAUUCCGGGAAUUUUGUGAGGACAAUUUACGUUAUAAAAUUAUCCAACGAAUAUCAAUGAAAAGUCGUUUCAAUCGAAUAUUUAAUUUUUCAUUGGUCAUGCACAAACAGUUAAUUUCAAACUCUCCGUAGACUCACCGUCGGUGACAUAAAAUCCAAAUCAGCAGACUUGUGUUAAUAACUUUAGUAUCACAUUCCAUGAAUAGAAUAUCGUUAAAAGCUUUCCCCUUGUGAGCUUUCUUAUCUGUAACACUGACACCGGAUUCUAGUACUGUUUUCCACUCUUUUGAUCGAUAUACAUUAAAAAAAAGUAUGGCUUCUUCGGAAGGAUUCGCUCAAAGGACAAUUUUGGUAACAUUAUACGAACGAAACAGAAAUAUGAGCGAAACGAGAGAGUAAUUUUGUUUGAGAGAACAAGGACACAACGUGGAAAUAUAUCAAUGUUAUGUUAAAAUUGACGAUUGAUAGUGCUGUUAUAACUUGCAGUAACCGGGAGAACUUUUACGAAAAGAGAGUGAGAGAGAGAAGAGAAAAAGCUUUCUGAUACCGUGCCAGUAAAUGAGGAAAUAUGGUGCUUUCACCCUUCUACAUUAACACGAGACCGUCAGUCAUGGAGUUCCAGCGUACCGUGCAGAGGAACUCUAACGUCGACGGAAUAAAUUUGUCUUGGUUGUAGAGGAAAAAAAAUGGAAAUCAAAUAACCAAACUUUGUGUGUUGAAGAAAGUUACAUGAAAUUGUUCGGAAAAAUGAUACUGUGCUUUCGGGAUGUUAUCGUGAUAGACAGCUGAAGGAUAUUAGCCAAACAAAAUACAUAUAUCGAAGCAGCGGAAAAGGACCGUGACUGUUGGACAUUUGUCUGGUUUCUAAAAAUAGAAUAAAAAAAUAAAUAAAUUUCCAUAACUCGCGGUAUUUUUCGGGCGGUGUUUAAAGUUAUGGGUUCUAAAGUAUUCGUUAAGUGUGACAACAAAAAUAAUGCGAAUUUCAGCGAUAUGAUAUGUGCUGGUGGUGGUAAUUGGUGUGUCAUUUUUUGGUUAAUUUUGAUAAAUUUGGUGAGAACUACCUAUUGUGUGCGGGUGUAUGAUGAAUUACAUAUUGGAGGUAUAUUUCCAAUUGGAGGUAAAGGCGGAUGGCAAGGCGGCCAGGCGUGUAUGCCAGCCGCCCGAUUAGCACUGGAAGAUGUGAAUAAUAGAAACAACUUACUACCGGGAUAUAAGCUCAAUCUGCACAGCAAUGAUAGUGAGUGCGAGCCAGGCUUGGGAGCUAGCGUUAUGUACAAUCUUCUAUAUAAUAAACCACAAAAGCUAAUGCUGUUAGCAGGUUGCAGUACGGUAUGCACAACAGUUGCUGAAGCUGCAAAAAUGUGGAAUCUUAUUGUGCUAUGUUAUGGUGCAUCCAGUCCUGCCUUAUCGGAUCGAAGUAGAUUUCCAACUUUGUUUCGAACACAUCCAUCCGCAACAGUGCACAAUCCUACCCGAAUUAAGUUAAUGGAAAAAUUCGGAUGGUCACGUGUUGCGAUUUUGCAACAAGCCGAAGAGGUGUUUAUAUCGACGGUGGAAGAUUUGGAAAAUCGAUGUAAAGAGGCCGAAAUAGAAAUAGUCACAAGACAAUCAUUUUUGUCCGAUCCAACGGAUGCUGUACGAAAUCUACGAAGGCAAGACGCCCGUAUUAUUGUAGGCCUUUUUUAUGUAGUAGCUGCUAGACGCGUACUGUGCGAAAUGUACAAACAACAGCUAUAUGGACGAGCUUAUGUGUGGUUUUUUAUUGGCUGGUAUGAGGAUAAUUGGUACGAAGUGAAUCUGGAAAACGAAAAUAUCUCUUGUACCAAAGAACAAAUGAAAAUGGCUGCAGAAGGUCAUCUAACAACGGAGGCUCUGAUGUGGAAUCAGAAUAGUGAAAAAACAAUUUCCGGAAUGUCUUCCGAAGAUUUUCGUGAACGUUUGAACCAAGCUUUGAUCAACGAAGGUUACGACAUCGACAACAAUCGCUAUCCGGAAGGCUAUCAGGAAGCUCCAUUGGCUUACGAUGCGGUUUGGAGUGUUGCGCUAGCAUUCAAUAAAACAAUGGAACGACUGAAACGGAAAGGAAAAGGUCGAUCAUUGAGAGAUUUUACGUAUACCGAUCGGGACAUUGCCGACGAAAUUUAUGCAGCGAUGAAUUCGACACAAUUUCUGGGAGUAUCAGGUGUCGUUGCGUUCUCGUCACAAGGCGACCGCAUAGCUCUCACACAAAUCGAACAAAUGAUUGACGGACAAUAUCGCAAAUUGGGAUACUAUGAUACUCAAGCUGACAAUCUGACAUGGCUAAACAUGGAACAGUGGAGCGGUGGCAAGGUACCACAAGACCGAACAAUCGUGCGACGAGUACUGCGAACCGUUUCACUGCCACUGUUCGUCUGCAUGAGCACGAUAUCAAGCUGUGGCAUUUUAGUAGCUGUUGCACUCAUUGUAUUCAACAUAUGGAACCGACAUCGAAGAGUCAUUCAAUCAUCUCACCCAGUAUGUAACACAAUAAUGCUGUUCGGAGUCAUAACAUGUCUGGUGUCCGUUGUUCUACUCGGCAUCGACGGUCGAUUCGUGAAUCCAGAUACGUAUCCCAAGAUAUGCCAGACACGAGCAUGGUUGUUAUCGACUGGAUUUACUCUUGCCUAUGGCGCAAUGUUCAGCAAAGUUUGGAGGGUGCACAGAUUUACAACAAAACAAAAACAAGAUCCAAAGAAAAAAGUCGAACCAUGGAAAUUGUACACCAUGGUAUCGGGUUUACUAUCCAUCGAUCUGGUGAUUUUACUUACAUGGCAGUUUAGUGAUCCACUACAACGACGUCUCGAAUCGUUUCCCCUAGAAGAUCCACUAUCAUCCACCGACGACAUAAAAAUUCGUCCCGAAUUGGAACACUGUGAAAGUGAAAACAACUCGGUGUGGUUAGGUUUAAUUUAUGGAUUCAAAGGCCUAAUACUGGUGUUCGGGCUAUUUCUCGCAUACGAAACGAGAUCCAUAAAAGUGAAGCAAAUCAACGAUUCCCGAUAUGUGGGAAUGAGCAUUUACAAUGUUGUUGUUUUAUGUCUCAUCACAGCCCCCGUUGCAAUGGUUAUCGCAUCACAACAGGAUGCAUCAUUUGCAUUUAUGGCAUUGGCUGUAAUUUUUUGCUGCUUUCUCAGCAUGUUGCUUAUAUUUGUGCCAAAGGUCAUAGAGGUAAUAAGACAUCCCAUGGAUAAAGCGGAAUCGAAAUACAAUCCGGAUGCUGGUAUAUCCAAAGAAGACGAGGAACGGUAUCAAAAACUUCUAUGCGAAAAUGAGGAUCUGCAAAGACUUAUAGUACAAAAAGAAGAAAAAAUCCGAAUGCUACGGCAGCGUUUGGUUGAUCGUGAUGCUGCCAAAGGAGCGGGAGCAACAAACAAUGAUUCACAAGCAGUCGCUCCAACGACAUUAGCAAUAACCCAAGAUUUUCACGAUCAGCACACAUGAAAUUAAAAGUCAAUUUUACGGUGAUAAUAGUUAAUUAUUGAAUGAAAUCUAGAAAUUUAAUUGAAAACUUUAUUUUUAGUUGGCUAUUGUGUAAUUAAAACAUAAAAUGAAAACAAAAAAAAAAUUAUUUACAUUCAUCGAUUGUGUGUCAAAGUAACUGUUAUAGUCAAACUAUCUUCAUUUCCCAACAAUUUUUUUUUUGUUCUUAAACGUUUUUCCAAAAUGCACGUACACUCAUCCACGAAAUGUUCAUUUUAUUUGCCUUCGCUCCACAUCCUAGUAUAUCAUUUUAACGUCGUCCUAACUGCUAAAAUAAAAUUCAUUCGAAUUAAAACCGAAGAGGACAGGUGAAUGCAUUUUAAUCAAAAAAUUUAAAUAUUUGCAAAAUGAACUCUUUCGGAAGCGGUUGUCUAUUUUCAUUAAAUUCAUCACAUGUUAUAUGAAAAACUUAUACCACAGAGACAUCCCCAAGGCAGUCUAAAUAUACAUUCAUUUAGUUGCAAUUUCUGUUUUUCUGUUGAAAAUUUCUUCUUUUUUUCCCCUUCAACUGAAAUUUAGCUUUUGCUCAACUUAAUUUACAUUUGAGAUAAUGUCGACAAAAAAGCAAAACAUAAAAUUGAGAGAGGAGUCUACUGUGGGAGAAAAAUAAGAAGUCACAAUUACAAUCCAAUUCUGUUUAUCCAUUUUACAUGCGUUACUAUCGUGUUAGGUCAAAACACCCUAUCGCACUAUUUGUGUGCUUUGGAGAGCUUUCGAAAGCUUAGUGUUUUUCGUUUGGAUUCCAUUGGAAAAGUGUAAUAUUUCGGUAGAAUACAAAAGAAGCUUAAAGCUUUAUCAAAGCAACGAGCAAUGUUGCCAAUAUUAUAUGUACAAUAGCGUAGGUAUCGAAUGUGAAGUGGAUAAAAUAAAUUGGAUUGUAAUCGCUGAAAAUGUAACUUCUUUAAUUUCUCCCACCGUAUUGCAUUUAAAAUGAAAACUUACGACAAUGUCACGGUCAAUUUUUAUGGUGACCUAUUUCUGUAUACAUUGUGCAGAUAGCUAGUGUAAAAUUUACAAAUAUUCUGUUAAAUAAGGGCUAAAACCCAUUGAUCGUUUAGAACUUGCUAUAGCGAAGGCGACCUAAUUCAAAUUUUUCUUUUGUUCUCCUGUCAGACUUCACAGCUAAAGUAGACAUCUAGACUACACAGCUCAAAGCCUCUAUCGUUUAGGUCUCAUAAUAAAAGCUCUUUACAUGCUUUUGAUUCCCUAGGGUCGAAAAUGGCUUAUUACAUUACAAGUCAUUACAGGUCUGAGAAAUCACAGCAUGUAAAAUUUCAAAACUCGAGACAAAAAUGAAAAGUCACUUUUCGGCUUGGCCUGGGAUCAAUAAACGUUACACGAAAACUGGAAAUAAUUAUUCCAAAUUGAAAAUUAAUAAAACUUUUAUUUUAACAACAAGGUUUAUAUUUGCUUACUACAAUCAAAUAUUAUCAUCUGAAGUAAUAGAUUUCGCUUAAAAGAUACACAGAUUCUCUGACGAAAGAAAUUGAAUUGCAUUUUAGGAUUGGGUAUAUUCGAUAUUAAAUUAAUUGUAAACUUUCAACACUGGGAGGAACUCCCCGGAUUCUUAUACAAAAGAAAUGAAUUCUCUUUUUUACAGUCGCUUAUCCGCAUCGUUCAAGUUAUCCCAAUAUUUCAAUGCUUCUAGCACAAAUUUGUUUUAUAUAUAGCAGCAGUAGAACCAUAAUUUUAUGUGCAACUUAUGUAAUCACAAUUUUUUUUUAAAGAAUGAUCCACACGAAUGAAAAAAUAGACGCGAAAAUUGUAUUCAUCCUCAUUGCCAAUGUUGAAACACACAAUUCCCUCUCACAGGAUCACUUAAUUUAUCAUCCGUCAAUUAUUAUGCAACAAUAAACGAUGGAUGGAUAAUGUUUGUUGUAAACUGAUUGUUUUUAAAACGAAAAAGAAAUAUGAAAAUUAAAAUUGAAAAAAAAAAUUAUUUUGUGAAAUGUACAUAAAAAUGGAAUUUAAGUA